GCCGGACACAGUUGGCGCGCACACGCUCUACUUCACCAACCCCGAGAUAAUAUAUUAUUUCUCAUCAACAACCACCUUACAAUAUGUGACGCUGUGUGACGCUGAAAAUAUGUUAAUUAGGAAAGUUAAUUGUAAUUUAUAUCCUCCCGGAGUGAUAAAUUUAACAAUGACAAGUACUGUGGUAUGGUGUCAGUGUUGCCAAUAAUCUUUCCUCCCCCAAAAAACAUCCUUAAUAUCCCAUCAUUGCCAACGUAAAAAAAAAAAAAAAAAAGCAGGCGGAGGAACUAUACCCCCCUUUGCUGGCUGUAGUGACGUAAACAAACACCCAAGAAGGAAGAAGAAAGAGGAAGAAGAGGAGGAGGAGGAGGAGGAAGAAGAGGAAGAGGGGGAAGAGGAGGAAGAAGAGGACUUAUCAAGAGGAAGGAAACAGGAAAGGGAAGGUCAUCAUGACAGGGUUAGACAGCAAAGCGCCCCUCAGAGGAGUAAGGAGAGUUCAAUUCGGCAUUCUCAGUCCCGAUGAAAUUCGUCACAUGUCAGUCACCGAAGGAGGCAUCAAAUACUCGGAGGUGUACGAGAACGGCCGCCCGAAAUUAGGUGGGUUGAUGGAUCCUCGCCAAGGUUGUCUAGAUCGUAACACCCGCUGUACGACCUGUGCCGGCAACAUGACCGAUUGUCCAGGUCACUUUGGUCAUCUUAAUCUGGCCAAACCCGUCUUUCAUGUGGGUUUCCUCACCAAGACUGUCAAGAUUAUCCGCUGUGUGUGUUUCUACUGUAGCAAGCUGUUGUUUAAUACGCAACACCCCAAGAUAAGAGAGAUCGUAACCAAGUCGAAAGGUCAGCCCAGGAAGAGACUGUUACACGUGUACAAUCUUUGCAAGGGGAAGAUGAUCUGUGAAGGAGGGGACGAGGUGGACAUAACCAAGGACCCAGACGACCCAACCAAGAUUAAGAAAACGCAAGGACAUGGUGGUUGUGGGAGGUAUCAACCCAAUGUGAAGCGAGUGGGCCUUGAGCUGGUAGCGGAGUGGAAACACGUCAACGAGGACACGCAGGAUCGGAAACAGUCCGUCACGGCAGAGAGAGUCCACGAGAUAUUCAGGCAUAUCUCUGAUGAAGACUGUUACUUGCUGGGGAUGGAUCCUAAGUUCGCCCGCCCUGACUGGAUGAUCAUGACAGUACUGCCCGUGCCGCCGCUGCCAGUCCGACCGGCCGUGGUGAUGUAUGGUUCAGCCCGUAACCAAGACGACCUCACGCACAAACUCGCAGACAUCAUCAAAUCCAACAAUGAACUGAUCCGUAAUGAACAGUCUGGCGCAGCCGCUCACGUCAUCGCGGAGAACAUCAAGAGCUUACAGUUUCACGUCGCUACCAUGACGGAUAACGACAUGCCCGGUAUGCCCAGGGCUCUGCAGAAAUCUGGACGUCCGCUCAAGGCUCUCAAAUCACGCCUGAAGGGUAAGGAAGGCCGGAUACGAGGUAACCUGAUGGGUAAGAGAGUGGAUUUCUCCGCCCGGACGGUUAUCACAGCCGACCCCAACCUACGGAUCGACCAAGUGGGAGUCCCUCGCUCCAUCGCUCAGAACCUCACCUACCCAGAGAUUGUCACACCCUUCAAUAUCACCAAGAUGAUGGAGCUGGUUAAGAGAGGUAACAAUCAGUACCCAGGAGCUAAAUAUAUAAUGAGGGAUAACGGUGCCCGUAUUGACCUCCGCUAUCACCCAAAACCCUCCGACCUCCACCUUCAGUGUGGGUAUAAGGUGGAGCGACACAUUACCGACGGUGACCUGAUCAUCUUCAACAGGCAACCUACCCUACAUAAAAUGUCCAUGAUGGGUCACAAGGUCAAGGUGUUACCGUGGUCCACCUUCCGCAUGAACCUAUCCGUGACGUCGCCAUACAACGCGGACUUCGACGGGGAUGAAAUGAACCUCCACGUGCCUCAGAGUAUGGAGACCCGCGCGGAGAUCGAGAACCUCCACCUUACCCCCAGAAUGGUCGUCACCCCGCAAUCUAAUAGACCAGUCAUGGGUAUUGUGCAGGACACCCUAACUGCUGUCCGUAAGAUGACCAAGAGGGACGUGUUUCUUGAUAAGGCUGAAAUGAUGAACCUCCUCAUGUUCCUGCCAAUCUGGGAUGGCCGGAUGCCUCACCCGGCCAUACUCAAACCUAAACCGCUGUGGACAGGCAAGCAGCUCUUCUCCCUCAUCAUCCCAGGUAACUUGAACCUGGUGAAGACCCACGCCACUCACCCUGACGACGAGGACGACGGCCCCUACAAGUGGAUCUCUCCUGGGGACACCAAGGUGCUGGUGGAACACGGGGAGCUCAUCAUGGGUAUCCUGUGUAAGAAGACCCUUGGGGCUUCCUCGGGGUCCAUGAUGCACUUGUCAUGGAUGGAGCUGGGUCAUGAGAUCGCUGGUCGCUUCUACGGUAACAUCCAGACUGUGGUCAACAAUUGGCUACUGCUGGAGGGUCACAGUAUUGGCAUCGGUGACACCAUCUCCGACCCCAACACCUACAGGGUCAUCCAGGACACCAUCAAGAAGGCCAAGGAGGACGUGAUAGAGGUGAUCCACAAGGCUCACAACGACGAGCUGGAGCCCACACCCGGCAACACACUCAGGCAGACCUUCGAAAAUCAGGUCAAUCGCAUCCUCAACGAUGCCCGUGACAAGACUGGAGGCUCUGCCAAGAAGUCGUUGACGGAGUAUAACAACCUGAAGGCCAUGGUGGUGGCAGGGUCCAAGGGCUCCAACAUUAACAUCUCUCAGGUUAUUGCUUGUGUGGGGCAGCAGAAUGUUGAGGGUAAGAGGAUUCCCUUCGGAUUUCGCAAGAGAACAUUGCCUCACUUCAUCAAAGAUGACUACGGUCCAGAAUCUCGUGGUUUCGUAGAGAAUUCCUACCUGGCCGGCCUUACACCCUCAGAGUUCUACUUUCAUGCCAUGGGAGGUCGCGAGGGUCUAAUUGAUACCGCCGUUAAGACCGCCGAGACGGGCUACAUCCAGCGGCGCCUGAUCAAGGCCAUGGAGAGUGUGAUGGUCAACUAUGAUGGCACGGUGAGGAACAGUGUCAGUCAGGUGAUCCAGCUCAGGUAUGGAGAGGACGGCCUUGCGGGAGAGUUCGUUGAAUUCCAGAAUCUGCCCACUAUCAAACUCUCCAAUCGACGUUUUGAUGAUCGCUAUCGCUUCGAAGCGUCCAACGAACGCUACUUGAGGAAGCUCUUCACGGAGGAGGUGGUGCGAGAGAUCCUGGGCUCCCCUGACGCCAUCAACAUCCUGGAGGGUGAGUGGCAGCAUCUGCAAGAGGACAGACAGACCCUCCGACAGGUCUUCCCCAAGGGUGACACUAAGGUGGUGUUGCCGUGUAACUUGGAGCGGAUGAUCUGGAACGUGCAGAAGAUCUUCCACAUCAACAAGAGGACCCAGACAGAUCUAUCACCUGUGCGGGUGGUGGAGAGUAUCCAGACGAUGCUGGAUAAGUGUGUCAUUGUGUCCGGCAACGACCGCAUCAGCAAGCAGGCCAAUGAGAAUGCCACCUUCCUGUUCCAAUGUUUGGUGAGGUCCACACUGUGCACCAAGAAGGUUGCCGAGGAAUACAAACUCACCACAGAGGCUUUCAACUGGCUUAUAGGAGAGAUCGAGACCAGAUUCAACCAGGCCACCGCAGUGCCGGGAGAGAUGGUGGGUGCCCUGGCUGCUCAGUCCCUGGGAGAACCUGCCACACAGAUGACCCUCAACACUUUCCACUUCGCCGGCGUCUCCUCCAAAAACGUAACCCUGGGUGUGCCCCGCCUCAAGGAGAUCAUCAACAUCAGCAAGAAACCCAAGGCGCCCUCCCUCACCGUGUUCCUGGUGGGCGCCGCUGCCAGGGACGCCGAGAAGGCCAAGAAUGUCCUGUGUCGCAUGGAGCACACCACCCUCAAGAAGGUGACCUCGAACACAGCCAUCUACUACGAUCCAGACCCUCAGAACACAGUGGUGGCGGAGGACCAGGAGUUUGUUAAUGUCUACUAUGAGAUGCCUGACUUCGAUGUUUCUAGGAUCUCCCCCUGGUUGUUGAGGAUUGAACUGGAUAGGAAGAAGAUGACAGAUAAGAAGUUGACAAUGGAACAAAUCUCCCAGAAGAUCAACUCAGGGUUCGGCGACGACCUCAACUGUAUCUUCAACGAUGACAACGCUGAAAAACUGGUACUGAGGAUUCGUAUUAUUGUGGGCGAUGACAAGUUGACUGACGAACCCGAAGAGCAGGUGGACAAGAUGGAGGACGACACCUUCCUGAGGUGUAUUGAGGCGAACAUGCUGAACGACCUCACCUUGCAGGGCAUCGAGUCCAUCUCCAAGGUGUACAUGCACUUGCCACAGACCGACGAGAAGAAACGAAUCAUCAUCAACGAACCUGGUGAAUUCAAGGCCAUAGCAGAGUGGUUGUUGGAGACUGACGGCACAGCACUCAUGAAAGUCCUCUCUGAGCGCGACGUCGAUCCCAUAAGGACGUCCUCCAAUGACAUCCUGGAGGUAUUCGAGGUCUUGGGAAUCGAGGCGGUGAGGAAGUGUAUCGAGAAGGAGAUGAACGCCGUCCUCAUGUUCUACGGUCUGUACGUCAACUACCGACACCUGGCUCUGCUGUGUGACGUCAUGACCAGCAAGGGCCACCUCAUGGCCAUCACCCGCCACGGCAUCAACAGGCAGGACACCGGAGCCCUCAUGAAGUGCUCUUUUGAGGAAUCCGUCGACGUGUUGAUGGAGGCUGCGUCACAUGCGGAGGUCGACCCCAUCCGUGGCGUCUCAGAGAACAUCAUGCUGGGUCAACUACCGAAGAUUGGGACUGGAGCCUUUGACCUGGUACUCGAUGACGAGAAAUGCAAACUGGGCAUGGAGGUGCCCAUGCCCGGGGCAGCAAUGAUGCUCCCCGGCAGCAUAUUCAGCGAGGCAUCACCCUCCUCAGGAAUGACGCCCGCCCAGACCCCAUGGGCAUCUAACUCUACACCCUCCAUGUCGCCAUACGGAGGUUGGACGCCUGGAGUGGGCAGUGGCAUGACUCCUGGUGGUCCGGCUUUCUCCCCUGCAACUGCCGCUGAAACCACUGGUCUCUCCCCCGGAUACUCCCCAGCUUGGUCCCCCCAGCCAGGCAGUCCGGGGUCCCCAGGAGGCAUGAGCCCUUACUUCCCCAGCCCGGCGAGUGCUGUGUCACCGUCGUAUUCACCCUCCUCCCCAGCCUAUCAACCCACCUCACCCAGCCUCACCCCAGCAUCUCCUGGCUACUCCCCAACAUCCCCAACCUACAGCCCCACCAGCCCCCAGUACUCCCCAGCCUCUCCCCAGUACUCCCCCACAAGCCCCUCAUACAGUCCAACCUCUCCCUCCUAUUCCCCAACCUCCCCUUCUUACUCCCCAACCUCCCCUUCUUACUCCCCAACCUCCUCCCCUUCCACUCCCCAACCUUACUCUCCAACCUCUCCAUCUUACUCCCCAACUAGUCCUUCCUACUCCCCAACCUCCCCAAGCUACAGUCCCACUUCCCCCUCUUACUCCCCAACCAGUCCUUCCUACUCCCCAACCUCACCAUCUUACUCCCCGACAUCUCCGUCAUAUUCGCCAACCUCCCCGAGCUAUGCACCCAACUACUCCCCAUCAUCCCCGGGCUACUCCCCAACCAGUCCUUCUUACUCCCCAACCAGCCCCUCAUACUCCCCAACUUCACCGCAGUACUCACCAGCGUCACCCUCCUACUCUCCAACUUCUCCCAAAUACUCCCCAACGAGCCCAAACUACUCCCCGACAAGUCCGACUUACUCCCCCGGUUCGCCGUCCUACUCCCCAACAUCACCCAAGUACUCCCCAACGAGCCCCACUUACUCGCCGACCUCGCCAUCCUACUCCCCAUCUUCCCCAAAGUACUCGCCAACCUCUCCGAAUUACUCGCCAACUUCGCCAAAGUAUUCGCCCACUUCGCCAACAUGCAGCCCCUCUAGUCCCCAAUACAGCCCAACUAGUCCCAAAUAUUCCCCAACCUCACCUACUUAUAGUCCCAGCAGUCCCAAAUAUUCCCCAACUUCCCCAACUUACAGCCCUAGUACUCCUGGUUAUAGCCCCUCCUCCCCAGUCUACUCCCCAAGUCUAGCUGAGGAUGAUGAGGAAGAUCGACAAAAGAAACAAAAGAAAAAGAAUAAGCGCUAACUAAAACAAAAAACAAAAGCCAAACAGUUCUUUUUUUUUCAAUGUAUCUCUUCUACACACGUUUAUUAUCUUUUUAUUAUCAUCUAUUUAUUCACCAUUCUCACAUUAUCUACCGUACUGUAUCUGAUUCAACUAUAUAUAUUUUUUUUUUUUCAUCGAUCCCGUCUUUCUAAACUUCAUUCAAUUUUUAUGGGGAAGGGGAAAUGGUUGAGUGUAAACAUGGUGAUGACCUGAGCCAGUGACAGUAACAAAACCAGUGACAGUAAAACAAGAGAUAGUGUCAGAAACAGCUACAGUACUGCAGUUGUUUAUAAAGGUCACUAGUCUGUUUUAUAUUGUAUUUAACAUUAGUGGGGUACAAUCCUAGUGAUAUUUCCAUAUCAAGAGCUUCCAUUGGUGCCUUCUAUAGUCAUAUCAAGAGCUUCCAUUGGUGCCUUCUAUAGUCAUAUCAAGAGCUUCCAUUGGUGCCUUCUAUAGCCAUUUCAAGAGCUUCCAUUGGUGGCUUCUAUAGUCAUAUCAAGAGCUUCCAUUGGUGCCUUCUAUAGCCAUUUCAAGAGCUUCCAUUGGUGGCUUCUAUAGUCAUAUCAAAAGCUUCCAUUGGUAGCUUCAAGUCACAUCAAAAGUUUUCAUUGGUGGAUUCAAGAAACCUCAUAAUUAUCCUGGUGGUUCUCUAGAAGGAUUCAUGGGUGUUUCCUUACAAGGAUUCAUGGGGCUUUCCUUACAAGGAUUUACCUGUAAUAAGGGUUUGCAUUUGUAACUUUAGGUAAUAUAUCCCUCAACUUAUUGUAACCAUUCACAAGAGAGUAGUUCCUCCUGUGCAUAUUGUUAUUAUUGUUAUGCCAUUUUAAGACAAAUAUAUUUCUCUCACAUUAUCUUACCUACAUCAUCUGUAUGCCUCUCAGAGAAAAGGUUAAUGGCUUCAAUUUUUUAGUUUCUUAAGAUAAUUUCUCUGAAUUAAGACAUAGGACAGAAACUUGUGUAUGUGUACCACUCACUCUUUCUCAAUGUGUUGUAGAUAUCUCUCUUAGUAGGUCAUUAAAGUUUAGUGUGUGCUGCAGGACCUAAUACUGUACUGUAUACAUUAGAUUAGCAUAUGGUUACUAGUGUAUGUAUGUAACAGUAGUAUUUUGGAAGUUAAUUACAUUACUGUUGUUGGUAGUGAACCUCACCUCACCACCUCAAGCAGCACUUAACAUCAUUUCUAGUGUGUUCAAUUCAAGUGUUGUGUGCAUUUAUUAUCAUAUUACAUCAUGAAAUAAUCAAUGUAUGUGUUUAAAAAGGUUUAUUUUCAUUCACGUGUGUGCUUGUACAGUAUUACGUAUUUUGUUGACAACAUUUCCUUGGGAAUGAAUCUCCAGUUAUAUAGUGGGAGUCAAUGUGAAAAUAUGACUCAUCUUAAGGCCGUACAAAAAAGGUGUACUCGGAGGUCCAUUGUAACGUCCUGGAUGUCAUAAAAGGAGAAAAUUA